AUGGAGAAGACUAGUGUAAUGGACGAGUCAAUUGAGACGAACAUUCGACCUUCACCUGAUGACUUCAUCGCCUUUCUACCCUGGGCUUGCUGUCAACUUGAAUCAGAGUAUAAUGUGAUAAUAUCAAAAGUCUACCAGAAUGAUUACACAAGUUCCGGUCUAAGUAUCCGUAGCAAAUCAAGAAGUAAAACCAGACCAAAAGCAAUUCUUUCGAAAACCGAUGCCUUGUCAGAUAGAGAAGAUAAAAAGGUUAUUAUACACAAAGUCAGUUCCGCUGAAGAUAUUGUCCAUAUUGUUACUGUUCUCGAUAAUAAUGAAGAUUUAGUUCAAAUAUCUUUCGAAAAAAAUAAGCAUAUACCGCGCAUUGUAGUCAAAAUUAUUGGUUUGAUCAUCAAAUUUCAUCCACAAUUAAAUUCUGUUAUAAUCAAUCAAGGAGCCGAUCUAUAUACAAUAUAUGAAUUAAAAAAAAUUCUUGUCAUAUCGAACAUUACUGAUGUUUGCCUGGAUGGUUGCUGUUUAGACAACUAUGAUAUUUUACUAGAAAAUAAAUCAGUAUUACGUCACUUAUCUUUAUGUAGAUGUAAGAUUGAAAAUGAUGUUUUACAAAACAUUGCUACUAAGCUUACAUAUCCGAACCCAGCUUCAAAAUUCUUAUCUGUACUCAAUCUGGCAUCAAAUAGAAUUACUGACAUUGGCGCAAAAUGUUUGGCAAAUGUUUUACGUUCCAACCGAUGCUUAAUUUAUCUCAAUUUAUCUGAUAAUAGAAUAACAGAUGAUGGUGCUAUUGAAUUAUUGGGUAGUUUACAAGAGUUUUGUUUGACACCUGAAGAAAUUUUGGCAUCUAGAGCUCGUUAUCUAUCGUUUUUAAAGAUUAAAAAUGAUUUAAUAGAUAACACAGUAAAAGAGUUAAGGGUUGGAGAUUUAGGAAAAGCACCAGCGAAAAAAAAGCCUGCACUGUCGGUCCCAACCACCUUAAAAAAGAAAGCAAAGGGAAACGAAAGAGAAGGAUUUUUACACUCUGUUCCUGAGACGACUGCAAGCAUUAUUGAUAGCUCUCAUGCAAUUCUAUAUGAUAAAGCCUUAUCUAUAGUCCAGACAUCUUUAGGAGACUUUACAGAUCCAUUUUUCUCGAACAAUACCUGUGUUAAAGAUGAAGCUAUGUACUGCAUCGGCAACAAUACAUUGAGUUAUUUGAAUCUAGCUUUUAAUGAUUUGAGCUAUAUUUUUUUAAAGAAACUUCUCAAUGUUCUCACUUAUCAAAAAAAAGUAGAUAUGAAGCCUCGCGGAUUGAUUUAUGUGUCAAUAGACGGUAACAAUUUGCCUGUACUGUGUGAUGAGUUAAAGGAGAUUGAAACCAUUUUGGAAAUGGGUAUUAAGGGCAAUCUUAAUGCCUCAUCAAAGAAACGACCACAGUUAAAAAAAGGCUCGUCUAGAUAA